AUGGAGGCAUUCACUCACAUGGAGAGCCAUCUGGUUUCGGACUCUGCUUCUACUAUCAAUGCUGGCGACGACGCAUCUGCAGUUGACGUAGAGGAGAGCAUCUUAAGCAUGGCUGCCGGGUCUCGAAGACGGCGACAUGACGAUGAAGAUGGGAUAUCAGAUGACUUUGAAGAUGACGAUUUGGAAAGCAUGGUUAGCGUCCCAGUGGAAGGAAUCAGGAAGACGCCUGCUGCUAAACAGGAAGAAGAAAAGGAGUUACCCUCUCACUCCUGCGCGUACUGUGGAAUUCAUAACCCGAGUAGCGUUGUGAAAUGUUUAACAUGCACCAAGUGGUUUUGCAGCGCCCGUGGCAACACAUCGUCCUCACAUAUCGUCAAUCACCUGGUCAGAGCAAGACACAAGGAAGUCCAACUACACCCCGAAUCAUCACUAGGUGAUACAAUUCUCGAGUGCUAUAAUUGUGGAACGAAAAAUGUCUUCCUACUUGGCUUUAUUCCGGCAAAAUCCGACACCGUUGUGGUGCUGCUCUGCCGACAACCGUGCGCUGCGAUGCCAUCUUCAAAAGAUAUGAAUUGGGAUACUUCUCGCUGGCAACCACUCAUCGAAGACCGCUCGUUUCUUCCUUGGCUUGUAAGCUCUCCGACUGACCAAGAGCAACUUCGGGCACGGCAUUUGACGCCUCAAAUGAUUGCGAAGCUGGAGGAGAUGUGGAAAGACAAUGCCGCAGCUACUGUUGAAGAUCUAGAGAAGGCAACAGGUGUUGACGAUGAGCCUGCUCCAGUCCUUCUUCGUUAUGAUGAUGCAUACCAGUAUCAGAAUGUGUUUGGUCCCCUUGUAAAGAUUGAAGCCGACUAUGACCGCAAAUUGAAAGAGGCCCAGUCCCAAGAUGGUUUGGUUGUACGUUGGGAUCUGGGGUUGAACAACAAGCAUCUCGCAAGCUUCGUUCUCCCGAAACUGGAACUUGGAGAUGUGAAGUUAGCCGUUGGCGAUGAAAUGCGUCUCAAAUAUACGGGAGAGUUACGCCCUAAAUGGGACGGCGUUGGAUAUGUCAUAAAAAUACCCAACAAUCAGUCUGACGAGGUCACUAUUGAGUUGCGAACCAAAGGCGACCACAAAUCCGUUCCCACAGAUUGCACGCAUAAUUUUACUGCUGAUUAUGUCUGGAAGGCCACUUCCUUUGAUCGAAUGCAACUAGCUAUGAAGACAUUUGCUGUUGAUGAGAUGAGUGUUUCGGGCUACAUUUUCCACCGGCUUUUAGGGAAUGAGGUCGCUGCGGGGCCUAUGAGGACCCAGAUGCCCAAAAAGUUUAGUGUUCCAGGCCUUCCCGACCUUAAUAGCAGCCAAACCAAUGCUGUUAAAAGCGUUCUCCAGAAGCCCUUGAGUUUGAUUCAAGGCCCUCCUGGCACCGGUAAAACUGUCACGUCUGCUAAUAUUAUCUACCAUCUGGCAAAAAUAAAUGGAGGGCAAGUUUUGGUCUGCGCUCCCUCUAACGUUGCAGUCGACCAACUUUGCGAGCGGAUUCACAAGACCGGCUUGAAGACUGUCCGUGUCACUGCAAAGUCACGAGAGGAUGUUGAAUCUCCUGUUGGCUUCCUUUCCCUCCACGAACAGGUUCAUAACAACGACAGUAAUAUCGAACUUGUUAAACUAAAUCAGCUGAAGGCCGAAUUGGGAGAGUUGUCUAGCCAGGACGAGAAAAAAUACAAGCAACUUGUUCGUGCAGCGGAGAGAGAGAUUUUGAGCAAUGCGGAUGUUAUUUGCUGCACUUGCGUUGGUGCUGGCGAUCCGCGCCUUGCAAAAUUCAAAUUCCGAACCGUACUCAUAGACGAGUCUACUCAAUCGGCGGAACCUGAGUGCAUGAUUCCCCUUGUGUUAGGCUGCAAGCAAGUUGUGCUUGUUGGUGACCAUCAGCAACUUGGGCCUGUCAUCAUGAACAAAAAGGCGGCCAAGGCAGGGCUCAACCAAUCUUUGUUCGAACGUUUGGUCAUUCUGGGAUGUGCACCGAUUCGACUCAACGUACAGUAUCGUAUGCAUCCAUGUCUCUCUGAGUUUCCGUCAAACAUGUUCUACGACGGCUCCUUGCAAAAUGGUGUCACUGAAUCCGAACGCCUUUUGAAGGAUGUUGACUUUCCCUGGCCUGUCGCCCAUAAUCCUAUGAUGUUCUGGUCCAACCUAGGAAAUGAAGAAAUUUCUGCAUCUGGAACGUCCUACCUCAAUCGUACCGAAGCCGCCAAUGUGGAGAAAAUUGUCACAAGAUUUUUCAAGGCUGGUGUGAAGCCAUCCAGUAUUGGUAUCAUCACCCCGUACGAAGGACAGCGUAGUUACGUUGUCAGCUCGAUGCAGGCUACCGGUACUUUUAAGAAGGAGCUUUAUAAAGAAAUCGAGGUUGCAUCCGUUGAUGCCUUCCAAGGCCGAGAGAAGGAUUACAUCGUGCUCUCCUGUGUUAGGUCCAAUGACCAUCAGGGCAUUGGAUUUUUGAGUGAUCCACGUCGACUUAAUGUUGCGCUUACGCGUGCGAAGUAUGGAUUGGUGAUCCUGGGCAACCCGAAGGUUUUAUCAAAGCAUCCUCUGUGGAACUACUUGCUGCUACAUUUCAAAGAAAAGAAUUGUCUGGUAGAAGGGCCUCUAUCAAACUUGCAGGUGUCUCUUGUCCAGUUCAGCCGCCCGAAGCAGGCUUACCGCGGACCGCAGCGCUUCCAGGUGGCAUAUAACCACGCCUCCAAUAUGGCUAGUGGUAUGGUCAAUGGUAGGAAUGGUCAUCGCAAUGACUACCACGAUACCGGAUCUGUGGCCAGCUAUAUUCCAGAUGAUGUCUCUUCCGUCCACUCCUCUGCUCUCGGAGGGGUUGCUAUUCCAUCCGGAUAUCCUCACAUGUUCCGGAACUUUGCCGACCCGUGGCCACAGCUUCCAGGCCAUCGUCGUGCUAACGGAUCCAGGGGGAAAGCUGCGCCAAGUGUAACUGGCGAAUCUGUCGCAGCCACCGAGUCCGACGUCACGGGAAGUGUCAUUGGGCAAGGAGGCGUUAGCCUCUCCGGUCUAACCAUUCACGAUAUGCACAAGCAGCCAAGCAUGAGCCAGUCUGACCGCUUGAAACGCUACGUCGAAUCUGGCGGUCGCGCAGAGCCAUACAAACCUGGACCCAGUGACAACGGCAGUAUCUUUGGUGGAAGUUCGGCGAGCAUUCGUGCCCCCCGCGGCACACGUGGCCAUCCAACCGACGAUGAUGACGCACGUAGCGUUUCGACGGCCUUUGCAAGUCAGAUCGGCGGAAACUAUGACUGA